UGAUGCUAAAUGAAGCUUAUUCUAAAGUUGAGUAUCGACUGGACAAAGAUGGAUUUGACAGCGUCCCUUCUCUGAUUAGAUUCUAUGUUGGAAAUAGAAAACCCGUGUCACAGGUUGUGGGAGCUAUCAUCUUCCAGCCCAUCAACAGGUCGCUUCCUCUGCGCUAUUUGGAAGAAAAGUACGCCCUGUCGGGUAACCAGCGGGAGGCGGGGCUUGUGGCCCAGGAGAAACCAUGCCAGAAACGUCUGAGCCUCAACAUCACCAACGGAAUCGGGCACGCCGUGCACGACGGCUCACACUGCCCAGACAACGGCUUGAGCCGCAGCAGCCACCUCAGGUUUGCGGCUUCGCACAAACACACAAAAUGACACAAACCAACAAAUUCCACAAAGUCACUUAAACAAAGCGUGUUUGCCUUCCCUCAUUUAACGUGUUUUUAGAGAGAGAUAUGAUUACAACAUUGAGGCCCCGCGACCACAGAAUGUGUCUGUUGCAGUUGAAUAAUGGAUGUCUGCCUUUCUUCAUUCAUUUGCUUUGUUUGUGUUUGUCCGGCACAUGAACAUGCACUCCCAC